GUCAGAGAACAGAAGAGCAGAGUGAGGGUGAACAGCUAGCGUAGGUUGUCUGAUCACUGCUGCCGCUGCUGAUACAAGUCAGGGCCGAGUUGGAAUAGCAAGAAACAGAGAGGGAGAUCCAGAGACGAACCGUACAGGGGGUGACUGGUUUGGGCGACAAGAGCUGGUGGCGGACAGGAAAAGGGCAGCCGAGCAGGAGGAGAUGCUGUGAGGAAGACUGCCAAGUGAUGGAGAGUGAAGCAGCCAGCAGGCGGGCGCAAUUAGUGAGGUACAACAAUAUAGCACUUAUAAUUAUUAUUAUUACCACAAAUGUCUUACUGAAACCCGCUUUGUGGUGUCUUUAUGAUUAUUGUGUAUUUGCUGUUGAUGUUUUAUUGUACUUUAAGGGCCCAAAGGGGGACAGGCAUGUUUUUCUAUCUUAGGCAAUUAUUGUUCUGUGUUAUCAGUUUCCGUGCAAUAUUCCAGACCCCAACUUUAUUUAUAUAAUUUUUUUAAGACAAUUUGAAUAAGGAUGUGAUAUUUUAACAUAUUGUCAAAAAUAUUCCAGCUGAGAAUAUUUUGAAUUAAGUUCAGCAUCACUUUAUUUUUCAUGGUGUUUUUAAAUGUAGUAUAUGAAGAGAAAAAGUGCCUUUAAUGAUUGUUUACACUAUUUUAAAGCAGCUUUGUGACAUUGUAUUGGUGACUAAACAUUAACAAGCAAGCAAGGUAACUUUUUCUCAGCUUUGCAAGUCUGUGAAAUUGAAGCUACAUAUAUCCGACUGCUUACCUAAAUACAUAUAAAUCAAGCUCCAUAGGAUGAUAUUGUAUCUUUAUGAGGGAAUCUUCUCAGACAGCCGCAGUAAUGUUUGUAUAAGAGCCUCACGUCACCACUUUGCAAAUCUGUUUUGUGAUGAUUUUGUUGACAUUCAAACAAUCAAGGAUUCAGGAGACAUGCAAAUGUUUUGGUUGACAGCGAAGGAGGAUAGUUGACAUGCCAGUGUAUUAAACAUGCCCAUAGUCUUACUUCACAUGAUUCCCCAGAGUCCCCUGGGCGCCACAAAGCGCACUCUGUGUGGUACACAAACCCACCGUUUGUCCUUCCAUCCAUCCCCUCUUUAGCAUUUUAAGUCUUCUCCUCCCCGAGCCAGUGACCCCGGCUGAUAAAGAAGGAGAUUUUCCAAAUAUUUCACAACACCCACGUAACCCCCAGCGGCCGUGAGGUUGUGAGUCUUUGCUUUCAUCACUCACAAAGACAUGAUUGUAUUUUCUUGUUUACUGUGGGUCUCACUUGUUGAGGGUUGUGGUUGAUUCUGAUAGAGAUUGUGUAAGCUAAACCGAGUCCAACCUCUUGGUCACCCACGAGUGCUUGUGGGGGCUCAGUGUGAGGUGAUUCUCAUGAGCUUUUAUCUUGAAGUGCAUCUGUAGAGCUGUUUCAUGAGAGGUCAACAAGUGUGCGGUUCAGAUAAGCUGUUUUGUUCAGUGACACCGGCUCUAACACACUGUGAAAAGAUCAGUUUUAAUAUCUAAAAAUGUUAUUUUAAGAGAGAAAGUGAUCUUUUAAAUGAAGUUAUUAUGUUACCAGUUAUUACACACCACUUACAGUAUAAAACAUUACACAUACAGUAUAAAUACUAGGGAUGCUAGUGAUUUAUCUUCUUAACCGAGAUUCAUCAGUUAAUCUCAGCGACUAAUUGCGAUUAAGCACUUUUAAAUAACAUGCUGUCACUGUCAGAGACCUCAUCUCUAAAUCUCUAAAAUUAAUCAUUUUAAAAGUUCUUAAGCUCAUAUUAAAGCUCCUGUAAGGACCUUUCUAUCUAGGUUGAUUUUGAUGCCCUCUUUGCAUGAAACCCUCAGAUAUUUUUGUUUAGUCCUUACAUAGCAGACUAAAUUGAUUUCAAAAAUCUCUUUCAGUGAAUAUUUGCGGUGGGAAAAGUAACAAAUGUUUUUUUUUGUUUUUUUUUGUGUGUGUACCUACCCCCUUCCAGCAGUUAUAGGAGUCAAUCUUGACUAUGACUGUCUUAUUUGCUUUCAUGCAAAAAUGGGAUGCAUCAGUGUUCAUUUUAGCAUGUUUCCUAACCCAUCAAAAACUCCACAAUGGAGCUUUAAGCAUGUAAUGAAAUGAACUUUCCUUAUUACUCGUCCUGUAUGUUUAAAACUUGUUCUCCUUGAUAGUGAGGGAUUUGACUGGUAACAACACGCCAAUGAGAGGAUAGUCUUUAAACUUAAUUGUUCCUUAAUGUUGACUGGCCUGCACUUAUAUGCCACCAGUUGAGCAAUCUCUGAAGUUAACCUCUUCAAUCUAGUGGCAGUCUCGCGCUCCAGAAUAGUGCUCCUCUGGCUUUUUCAUGUGGUUGCCCAAUGAUGUUAGUCCUGUUGGCUGCACUUGUACACUUGACUUGCUUCAAGCACACAUAAUAUUAAAGCUCCUGUAAGGAACUUCUGGUUUAUGUUGACUUUGGUUACCCCUUGUCAAUAAAGCAACCUUUGCUGAUUUUGUCAAAGUGUACUUCAUGUUUAUUGACCAAAAACCUCUUAUUUUGUGUCCUUAAGUGGUCAGUAGUACUUCAUCAAGAGUCUCUGCCAUGGAAAAAAAAGCUUCAACACCAUGUUGCUGUUCAGUUUAUCUGACACCCACCCCUCUGCUAGAGAUAGUCUCGUAGGGGGGUCCCAUUACUCUUUGAUGGCCUUGUUUGUUCUGAGAGGCCUUGAAGAGAGAAGAGUAAUAAUUCCAAUAAGGUACAUAACCAGCCAAAAACUAAAAGUUGCUUUAACUUGAAAAAAAAUCAAUAUUUGACUGAAAGUUGGUUGGCACAUAGAGGCAAAUAUACAGUACAUGUCUAGAAAGCAUUGAUGAAGCAUCAGAAGAACAUUUUUGUUAAAUCGGUAAAAUGUGAGUUAGAUUUUAAAAGGGGGACACAUCUUUCCUAAAAUGUAUGGUUAUGCAUCAUUGUUCAUUUUUAUAAAUAGGUACUGGGUUGUACAGUAGGUGCAGGUGCUAGUGACAUGCCUCUAUGUGACCUCAUGCUGCUAAACCUGGUGGUCACGUGUCUCAAGAGACGGCAUGACUCUACAGAAAAACACAAACCUGUGACACCACCCCUUCUGACACAUUUGUCUUCAACGUGCCCCUAAACUUCCUCCGUUCGGCUCCGCUCUUGUCUUUAAGCGUUCACACUGCACUUCUGAGGUUCUGUGGGACACAUUCCAAAUCUCUCUCAGUCUCAUAAUAGCAGCCCGUUCCUGCUGCCAGAUUGGUUUUCACACAGUCCCGGGCCCCUCCCUGCUACCACGGCGACGCAGCUGUCACCUGUCAAUUUCAUGGUAGGGAUGCACACCGGCCUGUUAUGGCUCAGAAUAGACGUGUGGGAGAGUUUAACUGGAAGUGGGAAAGAGCACAACAGCAAGUGUCCAAGAGGAUGAACAGUUGACCACGGGGAAAAAUCUCAGCUAUAUGGAAAUGUAACAUAUGUGUCUUUGGAGGAGACAGUGUGCUGCAUAAGGGAGUGACUGACUGCUUCUACAGAGAGGGACUGAGGCAGAUUGCGUUGGUAAGGCCUCACAUGUUAGCUUCACCGAGUGACCAGCUAUAGCCAGUUCAUUCAAACGUGAGCAGGGUUGUCAUUUGGCCAUUGAGGAAACAAGGAUUUAAGUGAAUAUAGCUGGAUAGUUGUGCAUACAAGUUCAUGAUCGUCUAAUCUAUCUUUUUUAUUUUAAUCAGCAUUUUUAACCAGCCAUUAGAGUGGGCAAGUAUGUAAACAAUUCUUUCUGGUGUAUUUAAAAACAUUGUCAAACAGAGGAAUCCUAUAUAUACAAAUAUAAAUAGAAUUAUAAAUUGAAAUCCGUACAAACUCAGUUGUAAAACAAAGAUUUAAUAAAUAUACUAAGUUAAUAUGACUUUUUAAGGUUAUACCUAAUAGAAUACGUAAGUAAAUGCCAAAAUAUGUCCAAUUAAAUAAAGAUAAAUACAAUCAUCUCAACUUUAAUUCACUUUCAAUUUUAAAAAGUUUCUGUCACACUUUUUUCAAUUGGAGUUUCUAACUGAAUAUUCUUGUUUCUACUGCAGAAUGGAUGACCAGGACAGAGUUAGCCAAGCAUCCAGCGUGGCCACAGUUUCCUUCUUUCCUGUUUCAAAGGUCUGCUUGAAUUCAUGUGUGAACCCUGACAUAUUUUUGUGACACCUUAAAUGCUUGAAAAUGUGUAAUUGCUUUUUCAUUAUUAAACAGGAAGAUGACGGGAAGGUGCAAACAUUUGGGAAAAGAUGUCAAUCAGCCAAGAGAGACCCCAACUGUCCUGUGGUCAUCAGAGGAUGGCUCAACAAAAAGGUAAAAUCACAAACAUAGCCACCUUGACAUUUACAUUUUUUAUCAUUGCACAUAGAAGGGCAGGAAACAGCCGCUGAUUAAUCUCCCCCUGCAGGACAGCUCCGGUUUGAAGCUCUGGAAGAGGAGGUGGUUUGUUCUCUCCGACUACUGUCUGUUUUACUAUAAAGGUACUCAGCCUGUAGCCCAGCACUGUGUCUACAUAAAACCGUUUUUUCUCUGUGCAUUGAUCUGUACAACAAUCCUUUAGUCCUUUUGUUCACUUGUUUUCUUUUUUCCUGUUUCCAAACAGACAGCAGAGAAGAAUCUGUGUUGGGCAGCAUCCCACUUCCCAGCUACAAAAUUCUGUUCUGCACGCCACGAGAAUGCAAGAACAGGAAGUUCACCUUCAAGGUAUCACCAUCCGGUCACACGUUUGAGUUAGACAUCAUCAGUGUGUAGCAAAUGUUUGGGCUUUUUUUCAUCUGGUCUGUGUGUACAGUGAAAGCUGUAAGUAGUUUAACAUUGAUACUUUCUAAAGCUAUGGUUCACAAUAACAAACUUUUCUACUAUUUUGUUUUCUAUCAAAUAAUUACUACCAUUGCCAGUGUAAAAUACUGGCAAAACAAUGUGUCAACAUGCCUGUUAAUUGCCAAGAAACAUUCUGUCAUUGAUUGUAAUGUCCAGAGAUGGCAGCCAAAAAUAAAAAUAAAAUGUGCCCGUGAGUUAGUGAGUAAUGUAUGCUCAUUAGAGGAGCCAUCAACCAUCAGAUAAACUGCUGGUUAUUCUAAUUUUCAUGGUAUUUAAAGGCACUGUAAGGAGUUUUCAACUAGGUGAGAAACAGGCUGAAACUGACUCUGAUGCCUCUUUAUGACCUUCAUAUCCAAAUUAGAUUUAAAAAAAUACUUUUCAUAACAAAUACUUAAAGUAACCAGUACACUUCACUCUUAAAAGACAGCAGGUUUAUGUAUUUGUCCAAAAAGACUACUUUUACAUGUACAGGACAAGACAUAAAAGGUAUAACUUUGUCCACAGGGGGCGCCAAAACUUAAACUAACCAAAAGUCACCCACAGGAGCUUUAAGCACUGAAACCACAAGUGCUUCAUUUACAUACAUGAUCCUUUUGUAUUUCAUAUAAAUCUAACUAUUUAAUUCCAAAAGGCAUUUCAAACAGCAACCAUAUUGAGUGCGUUUUAUCACUGUUACAAUUUAAAACUGUUUUCCCGAUGAAAACAAAAUUUGGCCCUGUAACCAGGGUUGUUUUCUAUCUGGGUCAAGACAUGGCUAAUAUCGGCCUGUUUGGUAUCCUUAUAUAUGUCUUUCAGUGUGUCCCAAUGUCAUAUUAACAUAAAGCAAACUUAAUACUCAUCAGUUACCAUCAUGUCACAGUACAGCCUCUGAGAGUGACAGACUUUUUUUCAGCCCUUGGGUGACUCAGAUAAUCACCUGGGACCAGCUUCUCCAAUGACCAACUAGCUAAUGUAAGAAUUCAUAAAGAGGAAUUCAUAAAAUAUCAAAAAUACAGAAUGCAUGAUACUCCAAAAAUCUUGUUUCUUACAAAGCUAUUUUGUAUUUAUUUGCCAAAUCUAUUAAAAGUGAGACAGUUUUAUAUAAAAAAAGUAUUUUUCUAUAGCAGCAUCUGAUAACAUUACACAUGAAAGAGCAAACAGUGGUGAGGGAUGGCAGUGACUGACAGAGUAGAAUACUUCUCAUCACAGUUAUAUGUUUAGGGAAGCAGUUUUUUGAGUAUCCAUAGGUCCAAAACCUGUUAAAAAUACACACAUUAAAGGUCUAUUUUCAUUCCUGUAUGCUGUAGUGAUGUGAAUUUUGUGAUUAAAAACUGAUAUCACUUUAACUGUCAUAAUGUAAUAUCUCUAUUAAGAACUACUGGUCCUUCACCAGUGAUAUAUGUGAGUAGAAAACUGUGAUUGAUUUCUGUAAAACUAGGUGGUGCACCAGGGAAUGCGGUCUUACUUCUUCAGUGCUGACACUCAGGAAGACAUGCUGGGUUGGGUCCGAGCCCUCAGCCAGUCUGCCACAAUGGAGCAAGACAGCUCUCUGAACAGGUAAGCUGCACUGCUACCCACUACAGACACUGGGUGAAAUAAACACUGAGCAACAAACAAAUUUCCUGACUGCAUCUCUGAUCCUUUCAGGCGUUGCUCGAGUUAUCAGGAUUUCACACAGAUAGGUGGCAGCAGUGAAUCGGUGGACUUCCCUAAACCCCCUUCCGAUGGAGAGGGUCCCUCCCAGAAACACAGGCACGUCAGCCGAGCUCUGAGCGAACCAAGUCAGCUGAGCGGUGGGAGGAUGGGGACGUCUCGCUCUGAGCCGAGGGGAAGGCGGAGUGUGCGUCAGAGAAACAGCAGGUUGUCAAGUCAUGCCUGUGUGUGAAAGGCGCAUAUUUAAAUCCCUGUGCUGUACUUUACUUAAAAGAGAAAAUCAUCUGAAAGAGGUCCCAGCUUUGUCAAUCUUUGAUGUUUUUUUCUGCUGCAGCCCUUCAAACAGAACUCCCAGCCCGCCUGAGUUUAACAGGAAAAGAGCCUGCAUGCCAAACCAAGAGGAUGAUUCUCUUCCAGGCCAAAACACACCACCCACUCAGACUGAAAUGAUGGGAACAGGUUCACUGACCUCAAGGGGUCAGCUGGGGUCACGACCUCAUACACCAGUGGGAAGGGUUGACAUCCGACCUCACGAUGACCCGGGCAUGGUACCACAGACUUUGUUUUAUGCACCUGCCUCACCUAACCUGGAGUUCAAAUCCACCCCGACCACUCCACUUACAGAGAGGUGGCAGAACCUGAGCAAGGUCAGAGCCUGAUUGGUUUACCUUGAACAUGACACAUCGUCUGAUGGAAAUGUGCACAACCUUCCCUACUCAAGUGAAAGAAAUUUAAUGUUUCAGUUGCUCCGUUAUAGCUUUUGGUAAUUCUUGACUCUUCACAUACAAACAGAUUUAAAAGAAAACACAGAAACGUCAGAAAUAGGACGAUUAAAAACAAUGACUAGGGCAAUAGUAUUACUACAUAAUAAGGUUUUAAAAAAUAACCCAGAUGAUCACUGUUGAACUGCAUCAUGGGAAACAUAGAUGACAGUAUUUUGGGAGCUUUGUUGCUACCCGAUCAUCCCAGAAACCCAAUUUGUACUGCGCAUGUGCGAAACGUACAUCACUUCCUCUCUUGGCAUUUCAAUGUAUUUUACAGCAGUGAGUCGCUACUUACCUGAUCCAUACUGCGCAAGUGCAAAUUUACUUCACCUUAAAAACUUUAUUCCAACUACUGAUCGAUUCAGAAACAAGCUGGCGAUGUGACAGGCUAGCUAGCAGUAGGCUCCAGAGUUAAUGCUGAGGCAUUCGCCCGAGCUCCUGCCCAGCACGGUGAGACCUUUUGGGCCACAGAGUGUGGCACCACCCGUCAAAAUUAUGGUUCUCUGACUUUUCACAGUAUCAAAGGAAGGAGUUUUUAAAUUUAUUUUGUAAAUUAAAUAUAUUAACAAGAAGACUACAGAAUAUGGACAAUGACUUUCAGUGUUUUUAUACAGCGUACAAUUUCAACACUGAAAUAUUCGCAUACAUUCAAGCCUUUUAUAACUACGUUGCAAUUUUACAAUUAUGCUGUAGUAGGAACCUUUAAUCGUAUAACUGGGCGCCAUUCUCUUGACUUUCCGGUGCUCUGCUUCAGUCGCAACUCUGUUCAGGAGAAAAGAAAAGCAUGUGGCUGGUGAUAAACUGAAGCAUCCCUUUUGACUGUAGCGAGGUCACAGAUUUUGAAGCUGUCGAACAAGUGUUGAAGCUGUUGCGAACCGUGAGGGGUAAAGAAUUGCUGAGCUGUCGCAAUGAUGGCUAGUAGAGGAAGUGACAUACAUUUCGCUCAUACGCAGUAUAAAUCGGGUUUCCAGGAUGGAUCAGGUAGCGACAAGCUUAAUCCAAGGUUGAAAAUAAACAUUUUUCCGAUUUAACUCCUGUUUUUAUCCAUCAGGGCAUGCUCUUUAAUACUGGUUAGCCCAUUUGUCAAACAAAACAUCUCCUCAACCUUGUCUCUUCUUCUUUCUUUUUUUUUUAUAGCCUACACCUACAUAUGGUUCCGUCCAUCAUAUCCCAAGUGGAAGAAGACCAUUAGGAAAGGUGAUUAUGAGCAGACAGGAGAAAAGUUCAAACUGAUGGUUGUAAAGCGGGAAAACUUAGCCAAGCAGAUUGUUGUGUGCAUUGCUAGUCCAGAUUAUACGCUCCUGUAGCUUAGCUCAGCAUGUUUCUUAUAAUGCCAUGUGUUCUCUGUUUUUUUCUUCAUACACAUGCUGUCUCUUCCCCCAGAGCUUCUCCACAGGGGCACAUGCAGACUUACUGCCCCCUUUGCCCCCCUCAUCGAGGGCAGCACAUGCUCCCCAUCCCCCACACCACCAUCACCACCACCAUCAUCACCAUCACCGCAGCAAUUUGUCUGUUUGUGUGCUACCGCCAGCUAUGGUACAGCCAGCCCUGUUGCUCUCUGUGUUCUCACAAUGUCUUGUUGGGUUUAACUUUGAAACUUUGCAAUUUGUGUUUGUGUCUUUUGGUGUCACCUUUAAGUGUACUAACUUUGUGAAAAAAUAUAUUAGUGUGAAUGACGGCGCUGAAGUUCAGAGCAUGUUAACAAGGUCUCUCAGUUGUUUCAUGUUCAUGUUACUGAUCCAUGUCGUCAGUAAUGUUUGUUGUCUUAGAUUUUGUUUGUGACUAAUAAACACUUUGUGCUGUGCUCGUUAUUCCUGUGUUUACUUUCUGGUUUUGUCUUUGUUUUGUCCUAAUUAAUAUGAUGCAUUCUGCCAUGGCUCUUGAUCAGUGAUAGAGUCACUCAACACUCAAUCUCAGCACCUGCUGUCACGUGCCAGAGUGUCGUUAGCAUAGACUGUAUAUACUAUGGACAACUUGGUUCCGCCUUCUGCCUGUAUACGGAUUUGAAGCCAAAAACCUCUCGGUAUUUCUGCGUUUUUACUCCAUUUCCUGAAACCAACAUCGCACAGUAGUGUUGUACGCACUUCACUACUUGGAGUCACUGAUAGUAGCUGUAAUGACGCUCGGCUCAAACAGCGUAUCCCCUGGGUGAGCUACACAAUCUUUGUACACCCAUAGGCUGUAUCAAGUGUCAAUCAUAGAAAACAUGAACCCCCUAAUAACUUUUAAAAAUAGAGCUUCACAGAAAAAAGAGGACUUAAGCACAAACCAGUCUUACUGUAACUACAUGUCAACAUCCCAAGCAGGGGGGAGAAAAAUUUAUGUUCUGAGUAAUUAAUUUCUAAAGUUUGUCCACAGCCCCAUAAGCUUUGCUGGUGGAGGUGAGAUUUAUGACCUGUACUGCAGCCCAUCAACAGAGGGUGCUGUUCUCGGAGUGGCUUCACCCAGCGAGGAGGCAGAUGCUGUCCAUUCUAUAUACAGUCUAUGGUCGUUGGGCAAGAAUCUGAACCCUAAAUUGCAACCACUGACAGAGUCAGUGUGAAUGUGUGUAAAAGCAUUAAGUUAACACUGACGAUCCAUGUGCUACUGCAGACUCUAACGGUUUGAAUGAGCUGUAAGUGGUCAGAAAGACUGGAAAAGCACUUUAUAUCUCCAAGUCCAUGUGCCAUGAUGUUGCUACAUGAACAUGAGUGGUACAUUACCUCACUAUUUGCCACAUUAUGCCAAAGAUAUUCAAUGGAAAUGGCUAAACUCAGAUUGUGGCCUAUGUUCUGUCUGUGAUUAAUGCUGGGCCCAAUACUUUAUCCCUCAAAUAUGUGUGACUGUGUUUUAUUUUGUGAACAUAAGGAAGAAAAAUAAAAACACAUUUCUAAAUAAAUAAUGUAUGUAAAUUAUAACCUUGAUGCUUUGUAGGCCCCAAAACCAGAUCCAAGAGAAACCCCACCGCUCAGGCCCCUUGAAAGCGAUGCAGAUGUGAGUAUUCACACGUGUCUCUCAGAGUAUGACGCAGCUCUUCAUCAUCAUGUCAGAUGUUUCUCUCUGAGUAAACAUCACUUUGAUUUUCCCUCUUCAGGCUGUGUUGACGAGGUUAUGUGGAUGUGACAAGCUACUGCAGUCUUUGUCAGUUGAACUAGCUCAGCUACAGCUGGAUAAGGUCGGUAAUUACUCAAUAAAUCAAAAACUAAAAGGCCAGUUAGACAAGCCCUAACCUCAACAGUCUGGUGUUUGUUUUACUCCUAAAGCACACAAAAAAAAAAAUUACAGAAUAUAUUUUGAAGUGUUAGUCACACUUGAUCUGUUAAAUAGGACACUAAUUUUCAGUUGUCUGGGACUGUAUUUAUUCCAUUUGGGUAAACAGCAGUUACAUAUGGUUACAAUAGCAGCAUGUUUGAACUGCAUUGAGAAUAACAAUACUUCUUCCUUCUUCCCUGAUGCAGGACAGUGUGCAUUGUGCAUUAGAGGUGUCUAGACUGCAGCUGGAGGACUGGAAGAGUCAGGGUCCCAGGGCCCAUGAAGAAGCACUGACCCAGAAGGCUUUGCUUCAAGAGGAGCUGGUUACAAUUCGAGCCAGGAUGUGUGAUGUUUCAUUGGUGCGUAAGAAGCCUUUACUUUACGCUUUAGCAAAGGAUUAGCUUUUAGCUUUUACUAGCUUUUAGUGACUCUGCUUUCUCUCACCUGCCUGUGAAUCUCUUUCCUCAGGAAAUGGAGCGAGUGUGGAGUCAAUAUGAGAGAAUGGAGAGCGAAUUGUCUGUCAUCCGCUCACACCUUCAGCACAUCUGCAACUUUGGGAUGCCUCAGGUACAUAAAGCUUUGCCUUAAGAAAUCUAUCUCUUGUGAAUCCAUCUUUUUCACUUUUACUGUGAAGAAAGACAACUAUUUCUUUCUGUGAAUUUGUGAGGCAAGUUUUUAAAUUUUACUACUGUUAAACUUAAUGUAUCUAAAAAUGAUGAAAUCUCACAAAAAAAGGGUCAAACAUGUAUUUUUAAUUAACUAGGAGCAGUCUCACGCCCAGAGGGAGCUCUGGAUGAUGGAGGACAUCUUGGCUGGACUAAAGAUCAACAGGGAUAACUUCCGCUUCCUUUUGGGACUACAGAGGCACCACAGUAAGAUAACAAUAAUAAUAAUAAAAAAAACAUGACUCACUUAAAUGCUUAGUCUUUGAUGCCUGUUUAUCUGUUUCUUUGUAUUUAAAGUAUGAUAGAAAUAUAAGGUUUGCUUUGUGGUUGCUGCUGUAAUCAUUCAGUAUAUUUUAGUAUAUUUUUUUAAUUUUGACCAAUAGGGGCAGUAAUAAUCAAACCUUCAUGUUUUUGGCUGAUUAUCCCAGCUAAGUUUUGUACAAUUUUUAUACAGUGUUUUAUAUACAAAAUUUAACAAAGUUAAACAGAAAAACGUAAUACACUAAAAACAGCUCAUGUGAUGUUAAAAAAAAUAAAAAAUAAAAAAAACAAUAAACUGUUUUUCUAUUAGCCUCUUCCACAAAGCUUACGAGCUAAUAAGAGCCCCUCAGUUCAACUAUAUGAAAAAAUUACACACAAUUCAUUAUUCAGUUUUUCAGUUCAAUAGAAAGUCCAGAUUAGAGCUCUCAUUUUUAUUCUGAAGUCAGUAAAAUUCAUUGACUUCCAGAGUCCAUUCAUCUUCACUGUGCUCAUGCAUGUUUGUCAAACAAUAGAUGAACAGAGUCAUCGCAGUGACCUUUUCCUGUCUCCCCCUCAGCAUUCCAGCCAACGUCUCCACAUCCUGGAUCCCCUGGCUCUCCCACAGAGAGGCUGCACAGCGGACUGCCAAUGGUAUGACUCCUGUCUAUUGUUCCCGUUGAUGUCAGUGACCUCUAAUAUUUCUUCUCUACUUGUGACAAAUAUGGGAUUGUUGUACACGAAUGGCAAAGGUUAAAUCCAUCAGCUGGGAUUUACAGACUGGCUCUUAAAGACUCGCAGGUGUUUUCUGACAGCACGGCUGUAGAGUUUAGUUCAAAAGACAAAAACUGAGACAAUCCAGGUCAGCAAUGCUUCUACAACAAAGAGAUCUAAGUGUACCCCUGUCUUUAUAGUUGAUACAUGCUUGAGUCAUAGUAGUCAGUCGGUUUUGUAUUUAUAGGUAGGAUAAAAAGUUCUUAACCUGAAGUUUUUAAGUUGUUUGUGUCCCUGCUGUUGGUGAAGGAAGCUGGAGCUGAGCAUCUUAGCCAUUAGCAGCAUCUUUAUCCAGUGAAAUGUACAGAAAAGUUACCUGAAAAACAACAUUAUAACAGUUUAGGCUGCUCAUACUGAGGGUGUUAUCAAAGUAAAUGGCUGCUGUGGGGAUAUGGCAUGUUGCUAAUAAUUUCACCAGGGCUUACACCAGAUCUGGUAAUCAUUUAAAAACACACCUCUGUCAAUGUGCUGCAAGUUCUUCUAUUGUGACUUCACAGUCGUCAUUGUAACCCUUGUGAAAAUACUCUUAUAAGGACAUGGAGCAAGAACCACCUGUCCGCCCGCCUUUACCUGAGGAGCUACAAGAAAUCCACCUGAGAAGGGACCAGGGCCAUGGCUGGACAGAGUACCCCUAUGAGGUGAGAGAUAUAGACCUUAUCAGAAAAAAAAGAAAAGUAAUAAGUCUGAUUUUUUUUUAAUUGUCUGCCUUUUUUCAGGGAAUCUACAGUCACGCUGUUGAUCCUGUGCACAGAAGAGGAAACAGCCAGCCUGACCUCCUUAAUGUGAAAGCACAGAAAGACUUUUUCGGUUGGCAUAGAUACUUAAAUUAACAGAGUCCACAGAAGGACUGAUAUUAGUACAAUAGGCUGCACAUUCAUAUUGUGUGACUCAUCUGCAACAAAACAGCUCUAAGAGGUGUUUUAUGCAGAAGGGUAAAUCAUGUUGCUUUCUUUGGUCCUCCACCCUCAUAUUUCCUCUUCUCCUCUUCCCUCUCAUCCUCUCCUUCACCUAUUUGCCAUCCUUUCCCCCUAUUUUCCAAUAUUUCCAUCUCAUAUUUAGAAUCUGGUUCCAGGUGGAUCCCAGCAGAUACAGGAAACCAAUCAACCAAGGUUUGAUUUUUCAAACUGUAAUUUCCUGUUUGCUGGUUAACUAUAUCUGGAUGUAUGUGAUGUGAGCCAAAAGCACUCUAAAUAAAGAAGCAGUCAAAGCUGAUUUUUCCUCUCUGCAAUCACAGCCAAAUUCCAAUUCUUUGAUUCUCUCAUCUUCCCUGCAAUUAGGGCAUGUUGCAGUGCCUUUUGUAGGCAAGGGGGGGAGGCAGAGGCUCAUGUGUUAGCACAGCAGCUCAGCCUUCUCACUUUUACCACCCAACCCCCCUUUUCUCACAUGCUCACACACAUACAUCCAAUAUAUACCAACAUGCAGGGGAGAGCAGCUGUACAUAUAGUCAGGCACACAUAAAGCUCUGCAGGAACAGAUACAAACACACAGCCAUAAAAAUCAUAUAUCUGUACAUAUUUAGACAUUAUUUGACAUCCAGAUCGUGGAUCGCAUACGUAUUGCUGAGGUGAAGGGGGUCAUAAAUGACUCAUACGCUCUAUUCUGUCUAGAAGAUGAAGAUGAGUGAAGAGGAGCAGAUUGAGCGGAUGAAAAAGAACAAGGAGAGGUUGUCUAAUAGGAAGAAACCCCCAGUACCCUCUCCAGGUGCCCACACUGGGAGUUCAGGGACAAGAGAGGAGGUCUGUCAAAACAUUAAUCCUCAUAAAUCACUACAUUCUAUUAUGAACCAAUAAACAUUUAUUCAUCUGAUAUUUCUUUAGGCCCCCUUUCCUCUGAGGGUGACCCGAGUUGUCACAGCUGUACUACCCACCUCUCUCAUGGCAAGACGGGUUUCUGUUGAGGAUCCCCCACCUGAGCUCGACAACCCUCUCCCCGAGCAGGUCCCACCUGAGAGGCAGGAGAGACUCGCUGAGCAGAGCAGAAAAUUGCUGGACAGGUCACCGAGGCAUCUGCUGUUGGAUAGUCCUGAUCCAAGCAGGACCUCAGCAGAGAUGUGUCUGGAUCAACCAGUUAAGAAAACACGCAGACAGGAGCACCAGGGAGUGCUGAAGACCUCCAUGAAAGACAGGCGGUCAGAUACAAGCAGAGCUGAGAGCACUGAGACUUCAAGGAGUCAGUGUCGAGACCAAGCAGGUUUAGAAAAUGGAAAUGCCAGCGCUGACCCCAGGGUAAGAAAAAAUUAUGUCAACUGAAGAAAUAAAAGAUGGUCAAAAUAAAGUCAAGUAAUUCCACAAUGUCCACUCCUUUUAUAUGUAUUUUAUUUUUGACUAAACAACUAGCAUUUGUAGCCACUGAUCCUGAUUUAUUCCUGUGUGCUGUCACAAAAUACAAAAAUAUUCAAAAAUGCUGAAACUGAAAAGUCCAACUUUUAUUUCCCCAUCAGUAUUUAAAACUCAGUUCAAAACUUUUGCACAAGACAAAAGCUAAGCCACCAAGAAAGUACAAAGAAAACAUUCAGUUAAUUAACAAAUUGAUCUUACUAAUUACAGUUUUUAAGUCUUUUAGGAAGAAGGAACUUCUCGUCCCUCAAAUUUCAGGUGUAUUUUGAUCUGAAAAUUUGUCAGAAAUUUUCAAUUUGAUGAAACGAAUCAGUGCUGUGUUGAGCUGUGAAGCAUCACUUUCCAAGUAGGACUGAUAAACCAUGAAAAUAAAAGAAAAACUUUUUACAGUUUUGACUUAUUGAGCCUUAAAUGACAUAGUGUUGUCUGUUUACAACAUGCAAAUUCUCCUACUCAGCACAGGCAGCUUGGUAAAGUGCAGUUUUUUUUUUAGUUUUUCAUUUAGAAGACCUACUGUUUGUUUAGCCCAUGGUACGUAUCAGUGUGCUGGGUCUGUGCAUUAAAACAGUAUUUACAGGAAGUGGACUCUCAGUGCAUUUUAGUGCACAGCUGGCCCCAGUGUACACACCUUUUGAAUACCAUUGUGAGUUGCCAGGUUUCAGAGAAAGAGAGGCUUUUAAUUGUGAUGUUGUGCGGACUGUGAAAGUGUACUGUGAUCCAACAGAGUUAGCAUGUAUGCACUUGUGCCAAACUCCAUCAAAAAGAUUUAGACAAACUCCUCUGAGACUGGGGAUUGCUGUGCUCUAUUAAAAGCACUGUCAAAAGCUGAAACACACAUUCCCAAAUAAUGUUUAUUGACAAUUCCUGAAACAUGGGGGAAAAACCUAAUCAAUAAUAAAACAGUAACACAUUAUUAGCUAUUUAAAAAGAAAAGUCUGUCUUUCCUAUGACCAUCAGAGAACACUUAACUUACCUGCUGUUGCAUAAGUGUAUCAUUGACAACAUUUUGCAGGCUGUCAAAGUGAAGUAUACUUUCUAUACCUUCUCACAUGAAACUGUCUGAACAGACAAAGGAGCGGCCAGCUGCUCUUCUGACCCCUGACAUGGAGCCUGAUGUCUGUCUGACCCCUGAGCAGCGUGAGGCCAAACUGAGACGUGUGGAACGAAUACGGGAACGAGUCAUAAGGAGGUGGGAUUUUUCUCUUUGUUAUUCAAAUGUCUACAUGCAUAAUGCUGUAAUUUGUUGUUUCAUCUAUCUAUCUAUCUAUCUAUCUAUCUAUCUAUCUAUCUAUCUAUCUAUCUAUCUAUCUAUCUAUCUAUCUAUCUAUCUAUCUAUCUAUCUAUCUAUCUAUCCAUCCAUCCAUCCAUCCAUCCAUCCAUCCAUCCAUCCAUCCAUCCAUCCAUCAGUGCAGCCAGAGAGGGUGCCACCACCCAGAAUCAACUGCCAAUCAGGGGGGAGGAAGUUCAUCAGAUGCCCCCUGAUCCAGCUAGAAAACAAAGGAUAAAAUCAGGUCUGUAUUUUCAACAUACACUAGAAAACAAAUGAAAUAUCUUCUGUUACAUUGUGGAUAUGUUAAAUAUCAGAGUUUUUCUCAGUCGCUUUGGUGCAUUCCUCAAAUCAGUAUUUACAUUUCCUUCCAAUAAAUUGCAAAUGCUUUUGGACAUGGAUCACAGUUUUUCGGUUGUUGUAUAAUAUUAUCAUCGUCUUAUCAUUAUCAUUCAAAAUGAACUAUAUUUUUGAAUACUAAAUAGUCAAAUGUUAACAGUGAUGUGAGAAAUGCACCAAAGCGACUGAGAAAAACUGUAAACGUGUGAGUACUAGGCUUCUACAGUGAAGGUUUUGUUGUGCUCUUGUGAGCCAUCUGUAUAUGGAAUAAAAGAGUUGUGAAGAGAUGUGAAGAAAGAGGGCCCCAUAGAGCAAUGGCUGAGUCAAAGUGGGAUGGGAUGAGGUUGACUGUGGUAGAGAAUUGUAAGAGAUCUGGAAUAAAGAGAGACAAAGUGAGGUGGGAUGAACCAGGUGAGGUUAAAGUUAAGGAUGGAAAAUCAGGGUUGAGGUAAAAGAUGGUUGUAGAUUGAUGGGGCUAAGAUUGUUUUGGAUGAUAUAGGGUCAGAGCUCAACAGAAUGAAAGGGGUUGAGUUUGGGUGGGAUGUUGGGAUGCCAAAAAAGGUGGAACAAUAUUGGUGGCCCACAACAGAUAGGAUGAAAAGGUUCUAGGUUAGUGUGCAAUGCGGUCAAGUCAAAAAAGGUUCAUUUGGUGAGGAGGGUUGAUUGAGUUGAAUGAAAAUGAAAUGAAUCAGGGUGGGAUGAUAUGGAGUCAUGAUAAAAUUGGAUACAAAUGAUUGAGGUUGGAUAUGGGAAAAGAGUAGGAAGGCUGGAAAGACCAGGGUAACAGUAGGGUAGGGUGAAAAGGGGUUAAAAAAAAGAGGAAUUGAGGAAGGUGGUGGAGGUAGGGGAUGAAGAGUUUAAGGGGGUAGGACAAAGAGGGUCAAGAGAGGAUUGGAAGAAGGGGGCCAUGGUAAGAUGGGAUGAUAUGGAAUUGAAAAUGGUGAGAUAAAAGGGUUCAAGGAGGGGUGGGAUAAAAUGGUUAAAGAUAGGGAGGAAACAAUGUGGGAUAAGUUGGGGAAGAUAAUAGGGGAUCAGCUUAGAGGGGGGUUCAGGAGGUUCAGGUAGGAUUAGAUGGAAGUGGUUGAGAUGUAGGGUAGGAAAAGGGGGUCGAGGUACAGUGGGAUAGAAAGGGGUCAUGGUUCGGUAGGGUGGCAAGGGAUCCAGGCAGGUUGAAAUGAAUGGAGUCAAGGUUGGGGUGAUGAUAAGGAUAAAGAUUAUGUAUAAAAAGGCCAACAGUGGCUGGAUAAGAGGGGUUUGAGUAGAUUUGGAUAGGUAAGAUUCAAAGAGGUUUGGUUUUUCUUGUUCAAGGUAUAGGGAGGGACGAAAGGGGUGGAUGUAAAGAAGGACCAAUUAGGAUGAGGUAGGGUGAGAUAAAAGGUUUGACAAAAUAAAAGGACUAAUGGUUGGAUGGUGGAGUACAAUAAUCGUCAUGGUAGAGUUUGGCCAUUAUGGGAUAAAAUGAGUUUGUGGUUAAGUUUUAUCUAUUGGUAAUGUAGCAGUUGAGACCUGAGGUGGGGGCACCUCUGGAUGGAUGUCAGGUUCAGUAUCCUAGAGUUCCCUUAUUACUGUAACAAAGGAGGAAAAUUAUUGGCACAGAGUUUAAUGUUAUGGAAUGUGAUUUCCUUGCAAGACACAGGUGAUAAAAAAUAGUGUGGUCCUGUCUCUCAAUCUUUGUUAUAGCUUUAUUUAGUGGAGAUUUCUCUUGCUUUUUUGUUUCCAGACCAUUACACAGAUCAUGGAAGCUGUGGGGAUAACAUCAGAAGUUCUUUAGAGCUUCAGCCUACUGGAUCUUCUCAAGAUGAACAUGAAAGAAGCAGACGUGUGAAAAAAUCUAAAAGCCAAGUCAGAUUUGGGAACAAAAUACAACAGAAAGAUCACAGUGGGCAAGCAGGGGUUGCCAAAUCUAAAACCAAACGCCCAGAUUCACCCUAUCAUAUCUCAUCUAUGACUAUCUACCAGAAAGAUGGAGGAAAGGGAUUCACAAAAAGCCAGGAUGGGGAGGAGCAAAAACUUGAAGAACCUGACCCUGAUGAAAAUAAUGUCCCAUCUUCUGAUCUCAGAGCCAAGUGGUUCCUCUCCACUAACCAGUGGCAAGGGUUCAUACCUUUGCAAAUUCCUGGUAUAGACUCCGUGGGCAGUGAGGAGACAUCAGACAUGGAGAACCAACCAACAAGUGCAGAUGAUAUGACUGAUUCCAAUGAAAUGUCAGCCGCAGUCAGUGAAAGCUUAGAGAAAAUGAAAGAGAACCAUUCACUCUUCUACAAAAUUGCAUGUGAUAUUAGUAUUUCUGACUCGGAUAUCACAAAAAAUGAUGGGAAUACAAACACCCAAACAUUGUCUAGGCCAGAAGAAGAGUUGGUAGUUAGUGAAUCUGCACUAGAUGAAACAAUUGCUAAUGUUGGGGAAUGUACUAAAGCAGAAAGUGGGGAUUCAAGGCUGCAUUUGUCAUUGGAUGAAGAUGAAAAAAGAAUAAAUGUCGUCAACAACAAUACUCAAGAUGUGAACCAGGAUACCCAAGGCAAAGAAGAGUUAAGUAUCUCACCUAAUCCAGUGAAAGAAAAUUGUGGAGGUGUGGAGAUCCCUCAAAAAGAAUGUGAGGACAUUUGUGAGCAAAAAACCCAAGUCAAAGAAAAUACUGAAGGAGCACCUGUUCAGGACACUGAUCCUGAUCAGGUGCAGGUUGAAAGUACAAUGAGGAGAGGAGAAGACAACAGGUCUAAAGAGUCAGAGGACCGUAAGGUGGACCAAGAGAGAUCUGAAGAGCUGAAGAAAUGUUUGAGCGAAGAGACCAGCAACAAUCACUCCAACACUCCACCUAGCUCUGUGUAUGAGGAUGGAAAAGUGAUUCGGAGUGCUUCUUUUGGGAAAGCACGAGUUACAGUUUUAAGGACAAGUUUGUAGAGGCAAGAAUGGUGACAGCUUAGGGAGCUUAAAUGAACAAACUUGGGAAGGACGAGGGCAUAGUGAAGUGAUUUGUAGAAAAGGAAAAUGAUGCUGAGUAGAAGGACACUAAGUAACCGAGGGAAGCUGGGCCUUUGAUUGGGAACAUUAGUGUCAGACAUUAUCAUGAUUAUUUUGUAAACUUAAACAUUUCCAUGAUUUCUGAUUUGUGAUUUAAAAUUGAUGCAUGGUGAGCAGAAAGUCUUAAAAUAUGUCAUAAAGUCAAAAACGAUGCAGUUGAUGGUUAACACUUUCAUUCCCCACAUAUGUAAUAACAGUGCAUAGAAAUACAUUCAUAAUGGCUGCUUGUGAAUGGCAACAUAACCCUGUUAUCGUCACUUUAACAACACGUGUUUUGUAUCUCAAAUAGGCGGAUUAAUAAACAUGCUGUGUGUCUGGAACAAACA